GCUACGUGGUGCAUUUGGCCUUUGACUCCGCGCUCGCUUUUGGCGUUCCUCAGCGGUGCAGUGGCAGGCAGCGCCUUUGCGUGACGCAGGUCAAGUGGAGCGAGAUUGCUGCUUGGCCGCAGUAGGUGAACGAGGCUCACCGUUCGCACCUCUGGACGCUGACCACUCGUGCCGGCCAUCAUCCGCCACGUACCCCGACCGAAGACGCCUUUACGGCCACCUCGGUGAUCACUUAUCGGAGCCUGAAGCAAGAACGAGAAGGCCGCCAUGGAGACCGCCGGUUGCUGGAGCCAGCUGGGCCUGGUUAUGUGGCGCCAGGUGUGGCUGGCGCGCGUGCGACGCCACUACCUGGUCACGCUGCUCGAGCUGUCGUGCAUGCUGUUCCUGCUGAGCUCGGUGUGGGAGGAGUCCGUGGCACCGUACCGGGCGCGGCCCAACAAGGACCAGUUUUUCGACAGCGCAGACGCGAUCGAGUUCUGGGGCCGACCCAACGAGUCCUGGAGCGAGGGAUCGCUCGCGUUCGCGCCCAACCAGCCCUUCUUCGCGGACCUGGCCGCCAGGGUCUGCAAGGCGCUCGGACCCAAGUGGACGCCGAUGCCCUUCAAGGACGCUGCCGAGGCGACGCAAUACGCGGAGGCGACCACAGAGGCUGACUCGUCCUCAUCGGGGGCCGGCCGUGAUGGCGCCGUGGUGCAUCGGCGCGUGGCCGUGUGGUUCGAGCGUCCCGAGACCGACCAGCUGACGUACCACGUGCGCUUUCCGGAUGCCGAGUUCGACUUGCGCGAGGACUACAAGCGCAGCCUGCUCGUGCCCGGACCGGCCGACAUUGACAUCCACGACGAGACCAGGCUGCUGCUUCCGCUGCAGUACUUCGUCGAAUCGUCGUAUAUACACAUGAUAGCCGAAUCCCUGCAGAAAGAUAUCAACAUAAAGGUGGAGCUGAUGCGCUUCCCGUACCCCCGACUCUUCUACGGCUCCGAGGAUCGCACCCUGAGCCACGUGGUGCUACGAUUCGGCAUCUGCUUCUUCGUGCCUUUCUGCAUCCUCGUCGUCAAGCUGGUGCAGGAGAAGCGAGUCGGCGCCAAGGAGAUGCUGCGUCGCGCGGGCCUGAGCGACGUGGCCUACUGGCUGGGCCACUUCUUCGAGGCCGGCUUCGUGAUCCUCUGCGCCGUGCUGCUCAUGUACGUGCCGCUGUUCGUGAUCCGCAACGCCAGCGGCACGGCCUUCCUCGAGUUCGCCAACCCGGUCGUCUUCAUGACCGUGCUGCUGCUAUUCGGCGUGCUCACCAUACUGCACGCCAUGCUGCUGUCCGUGUUCCUGUGGGGACCCGGGGUGGCGUUUGCGGCGGCCGUCAUCUACUGGUUCGCGUUGGGCCUGCUGCCGUACGCGCUCCUGCAGAACCCGUUCGGGCUCGGAUACUACCUGACGUCGAGGUCCACCAAGCUGGUGUCGGCGCUCACUCCCUUCAUGUACCUCCACUGGUGCCUGCGGGUCAUCGAGCGCUUCGAGAAAUACGAGGUUCGGCUGACGUGGAAGAACAUCUUCGACAGCGCCACCACGUUGGACAACGUGAGCGUGGGCGAGCUCAGCUUGCUCAGCCUGUCCUCGGCACUUGUCAUGGUGGGCCUCAUCUGGUACCUGGACAACGUGGUGCCCUGGGGAUACGGCGUCCCCAAGCCUCUGUACUUCAUCUUCUCGGCCGACUACUGGUCUCCCUACAGGAAGUGGAACAUCCGAAACAUGUCGGACUCUCAAGACAAAAAGUACUUCGAACAGGACCCCAAGAACUCCGAUCCCAUCGUCCACUUGAUCAACUUGAGCACUACCGGCAAACAAAACGGCGGCGACAUCAAGAAUAUCAUCCUGACCAUCUACAACAAGCAGAUCACUGUGAUACUCGGGCCACAAGACUGUGGGCACAUGACUCUCCUGGAUAUUAUCACUGGCAGGCAGCUCCCGACAGGCGGCGAAGCUUACGUGUGCAACUUCAACGCUUCCGGCUAUUCCGGACGAACGUGGGAGUAUUUUAGCGUCUGCCCCAACGAGAGCGAGCUGUUCGACGACAUGACCGUCGAGGAGCACCUGCUCUUUUUUCUGUUCCUCCGCGAAGUGCCGGGGAACACCGGCGAGGCUUACGUCGCCUCGCUCAUGCGGCAGCUGAACAUCGAGCAAUACAAGGACACCCUGGUGUCACAGCUGUCGCAACGACUGCAGCGGGUCCUGUGCGUCGCCAUCGCGGCCUGUGCCGUCGAACAGACGCCCCUGGUGAUCUUCCCCGAGCCGACCAGGCUGAUGGACCCCAAGGGCCGGCACGAGGUGUGGGACGUGCUGGCGCGCUUGAGCCGCCGCAGCAGCGUCCUGGUCACCACCUCGAGCAUCGAGGAGGCCGACGUGCUCGCCGACAGACUGGUCAUCAUGCGCGAGGGACGCAUCGAGUGCGUCGGGUCACCCACGUGGCUCAAGACCAAGUUCGACUCGGGCUUCUUCCUGCGCUUCACCAAGCUGUCCAACUUCAGGGAAAACGACGUGACGCGGGUCGUCAAGUACCACAUGGGCGCGGUCGAACCCAAGCGCGUCACCAAGCUCGAGAUGGUGUUCAACCUAAGCGAAUCUCUCCAGCGCACCACCCGCAUGGCCACCAUGCUUCAUUACCUGGAGAAGCGGCGCGCCAUCCUGGGCAUCGCGUUCAUGAGCCUGACUUACUGCACACUCGAGGACGUCUACAUAAGGUUGGUGACUGGCACGGACGGAAGGAAGGCCGCAGGCGGCGACACCCGAGUUCAGACCCCUGCCGCUGCGGCUGGCGCCGACUCGGCUAAAGAAAAACAAGAGCUGGAAGCCGUGAAGCAGUGGUGCACGGCGCGGUCCGCCAAGGCCGGCGUAUUUUCGGUGCUGUGGGCCCUGCUGCGCAAGCGAUACAUUCUGUGGGUGCGAGUCUGGUGGACCAAGCCUCUGUCGGUGGGCAUCCCCGUCCUGUGCUUGCUGUUGCUGGCGUUGUGCGAGAGGCACUUCCUGCCGGACAUCCGCAAGGAGGUCGGCGACUUCACGUACGAGCCGGAGAGCGUCUUCGAAGUCUCCUACGGCUUCAUCGAGAAGGACAACGUCAGCAAGCACUUCGCCGAGAACGUGCUGCUGCCGCUGCUGUCCGAACGCUCUGUGCGCGUCUUCUCUCCGGCGAGCAGCUUCGUGGAGCGCGAGCUGCUCUUCUGGGCGCAGCAGAGCAUCUACGCCUACCUAUUCGAGUACCAGUACGGAGUUAGCAUCUUGGGCGAUAAGAGGGCCUUCGUCUGGUUCAACGGCCAGUGCCCGCACAGCGCCCUGCUCUCCCUUAACCUGUUCCACACGGCACUGCUGAGGAACUUGACGGACAGCAAGAGCUCCCGCAUCACGCUCGUCAAUUCACCCUCGGUCACCAAGGAGCUUGAGGCGAGGAUGGACUUCGAAAUCAACUACGGGGAGCUCCAGCACCACACCGAUCACGAGGGCCUGGGCCACGAGCUGGAGCUGUUCGCGACGCGCAACCUGAUCACGCGCGUGCUCUGCUCGUUCUUCGUGUCCCUGGCGAUGAGCUUCUACGCGGCCAGCCACGUGUUCACCCCCAUGGUCGAGUGGUGCAGCGGCCUCAAGCACCUGCAGCUCAUGACCGGCAUGUCCGGCUGCGUCUACUGGAUGGGCCACUUCGUCUUCGACGUGGUCAUGGCGCUCUUCAACAGCGCCACGCUGGCCUUCAUCAUCUUCGUCAGCCACAUGGACAUCAGCAUUUCCUAUCACUUGGCCAUCCUGUUUCUGUUCAUGGUAAACGCGUUCUCGAGCCUUCCGCUGGCCUACCUGUUCUCCGGGCUUUUCCGCAACACCACGUGGGCUUUCUCCUUCCUGGCACUCGGGCUGUUUCUCGCAGGCAUGGUGGGCUCGCUCGGCGUGGAGAUCCUCAGCUUGCUGACGCAACAAAACCCGACGGCGACCUCUUCGGCGGCGCUGUUCAUCUGGGGCUUCGUGUGCCGCUGGUUCCCCACGUACGCCCUCGUGCGGGGCAUCAUCAAGGUGAUCCUGCUCUCCAGGCUCAACGCCCUCUGCCUCACGGGAGGGGGACUGCUCGACGACGCAUGCCGCGACACCCAGUACUCGUCGGACGAGAGGACGUCCAACUGCUGUGACGCUCUGAUCCUUGAUUGA